AUGGAUAACCAGACGUCUCCAGCUCCUGUGAAGGACUCGUGCACGUACCACGAAGAGUUUAAGCAGAUCCUGUUGCCGGUGGUCUACUCCGUCGUCCUGGUGUUGGGGUUCCCCUUGAAUUUCGUGGUCAUCGUCCAGAUCUGGCUGUCCCGGAAGGUCCUGACGCGGACAAUGAUCUACAUGCUGAACCUGGCAGUGGCCGACUUACUCUAUGUCUGCUCUCUGCCCCUGCUGAUCUACAACUAUUCUCAGAAGGACUACUGGCCCUUUGGCGACUUCACCUGCCGCUUCGUCCGGUUCCAGUUCUACACCAACCUGCACGGCAGCAUCCUUUUCCUGACCUGCAUUAGCGUCCAGCGCUAUCUGGGCAUCUGCCACCCGCUCUCCACCUGGCACAAGAAACGGGGGAAACGCUUCACUUGGGGGGUCUGCGCCCUGGUUUGGAUCGUGGUCACUGCUCAGUGCCUGCCCACCUUCCUCUACGCCUCCACCGGGAUCCAGAGGAACCGUACCGUCUGCUACGACCUGAGCACGCCGGAAAACUCGGCCGGGUACUUCCCGUACGGCAUCACCCUGACGGUCACGGGCUUCUUGAUCCCUUUUCUGUCCAUCCUGGGCUGCUACUGUAGCAUGACCAAGAUCCUGUGUCAGAAGGACGAGUUGAUCGGGCUGGCCGUCCGCAAGAAGAAGGACAAAGCCAUCCGGAUGAUUGUUAUCGUGGUCCUCGUCUUCGCCAUCAGCUUCUUCCCCUUCCACCUGACCAAGACCAUCUACCUCAUCGUCCGUUCCUUUCCCGAGGUCCACUGCCUCACCCGCCAGGCCUUUGCCAUCACCUACAAGUGCACCCGUCCUUUUGCCAGCAUGAACAGCGUGCUGGACCCCAUCCUCUUCUACUUCACCCAGCGGAAAUUUCGGGAAAGCACGCGGCACUUGUUGGACAAGGUCAGCUCCAAGUGGAAGCACGAUUCGUGAGGAUGGGCCGAGAA